ACGGAGGCUGGGGCGAGUAAUUUCUUUGUUGUGUGGAGGAAGAAGGGGGGUGAAGGGAUUGAGCUUGUAACUAGUUCUUUGGACACGGAGGUUAUCCUGGAUGGCAUCACUCGACGGAGUGUUUUGGAGGUUGCGAGGGAGAGGCUGACGCGGGAGUCGACGGCUGAGACUGAGCUUGCCCCGCUGGAUGUUGUCGAGCGGCCGUUUACUAUGGGUGAGGUUGCGGAAGCAUAUGAGGAAGGUCGGCUAGUGGAGGCCUUUGUUUCUGGCACCGCGAUGUUUAUCACCCCGGUUUCCGUGAUCAAGUAUGGCGACACUGAGAUUCAAUUCCCCAUGAUGGUUACUGAUGAGGGGCACAAGACACCGCGCUCCGCAUACUCCAACACCAUCAAAUCCUGGUUGGAGGAUAUCAUCUACGGUCGAGUAGAACACGAAUGGGGAUACGUCGUUGCUGAGCAGUGA